AUGAAUAGUUUAGUGAUUAUAGUCAAGCAGUUGCAGGACUGCUAGUCUUGAGGUGUGUUUCACAUUGAUGCAUAAUAUUAGCUGAAUAUUAGCUACAUGCCAUGGGCUGCGUUGGUUGAUAGUUUGGAAUAACAGAAGCAGAAAAGUAUGAUUUGAUGUAUCGUAAAAUAAAUAUGUACAUAUAAUUUCAAAUAAAUUUCUCUAAGCCCGUUUUAUAAAAUGGCUAUGUUCGAAGUACUAAGGAAAGACUACAGUGAUUAUUUACAACAAUGUUUUAAAGUGUCGGAUGUGCAGACGUUCCAAAAGAAAUGUACAGAGCGCUGUGCAAACGAUAACGAUAGAAAAGCAGCGAUCGAUCAAGCAUUAAGAGACACACUUCUUGUAAUAUUAUCUGAAAAUGCAUCGAAUAAUGUGCAAUUACUCGAAACCUACAUCACAUUCUGCAUCGAUUUGUGCAGAAAAGAAUUAGCAACCGCAAGCAUACCAGUGAUGCUGCUAGGUGAUAUAUUUGACUCUAUGACACUUGACAAGUGCGAGCAACUCUUUACUUUCGUCGAGAACAAUGUUGUCGUAUGGAAAGAGGAUUUGUUCUUCAGUUUUUGCAAAAACAAUUUAUUAAGAAUGUGCAAUGACUUGCUCAGAAGAUUAUCCAGAUCUCAACAAACUGUCUUUUGCGGAAGGAUCCUUUUAUUCUUAGCAAAGUUUUUUCCAUUUUCUGAAAGAUCUGGUCUAAACAUUGUUAGUGAGUUCAAUCUUGAAAAUCACACAGAAUUUGGCUCAGAGAAAACCGAGGGAGAUGAUUUGGAACAAAUAAAAAAGGAUGACGACAAAUCAGAGAGUAAAGUGCCAAUUGAUUAUAAUUUGUACAGAAAAUUUUGGGCACUGCAAGAUUUCUUCAGAAAUCCAAAUCAGUGUUAUAAUAAAAUGCAUUGGAAAGUAUUUUCAGCACAUGCUUCAAGCGUGCUGUCAGCAUUUUCAUCUUUCAAAUUGGAAGAACAACGUAAUUAUCCCUCGGCUUGUAUCAGAAUGGAUACUUCUAUGGAGGGAUCUCAUAAAGAAACUCCAUAUUUCGCAAAAUAUUUAACGAAUCAGAAAUUAUUGGAGUUGCAAUUGUCCGAUUCGAACUUCAGGCGAUACGUAUUGCUGCAAUUUCUCAUUCUUUUCCAAUAUCUUAAUAGCACUGUGAAAUUUAAAGCCUUCCUUGCCAGUGGCUAUGAGACAAGUGAAACGCACGAACUGAAGCCUGACCAAGUGGACUGGGUAAAGGCAACUACGGACCAAGUGUACGCUUUACUGACGGAGACACCGCCCGAUGGCCCAGCGUUUGCCGAAACUGUUAAAAAUAUAUUGAAACGCGAGGAACACUGGAACGCAUGGAAGAACGAAGGGUGCCCGCCAUUCAAAAAGCCAGCACCAGAUUCCAUCGCCGAUAUAGACGAAUUAAGGAAGCCGAAACGACCGAGACGCAGAAUUGGAGACGUUAUUCGAGAUGCUCAAGCAGUAGGGAAAUAUCAUAUGGGAAACCCAGAACUCACGAAAUUGUGGAACUUGUGCCCUAAUAAUCUUGAAGCAUGUAAGUCCAAAGAAAGAGAUUUCCUACCAUCUCUGGAAACAUAUUUUGAAGAAGCUAUUGCGCAAUUGGAUCCUAAGGCAAUGGUCGAAGAUGAAUACAAAAAAGUAAAUGAUGGAAAUUUCGGUUGGAGAGCAUUGAGAUUAUUGGCAAGACGUAGCCCACAUUUCUUCGUUCAUGGAAAUUAUCCCAUCAAUAAACUCCCUGAGUAUCUCGAAACAAUGAUUAAAAAAAUUGCCAAAGAUCGCCCACAAACGCAAAUGGAUAUAAAAUUAGAAGCAGAAGAAACUCCCCCUCCGGAAUCGAAUGAUCAAGAAUUCAAUGAGGACGUUUUAAAGCAAGAGAGUGAACAAGUGGAGUCCGAGAAUACAGAGAAUACGAAGGAACGGAAGCUGACGAAAAUCACGCCUGAGAUGGUUGCAAAGUUGGCGGAGGUUCUCAAGAACGAUUGGAAAAAGCUAGCGACGAAACUUGGCUACACAAGCGAUGAGAUCUCUUUCUUCCAAGGGAAACCAACACCAUACGAGCAGUGUAAAAAUAUACUUGAAAUCUGGGCGGAGGAAGACGUUGACGCGUCCGUGGAGAAUUUGGCUUAUAUUUUAGAGGGCUUAAAGCUAACAGAAGCACUAGCCGUCUUGAAAUCUUAAAUUGCCUCUUAAAAGAGUGUCUAUUUAUAAAUAUGGGAAAUCAAUUGUAAUUUAAAUUCGGGACGCUACCGCGAUCCAUGAUAUUGUACAGUGAAUACAUGUUUACAAUUUCUUAA